GAUCGGGCGGCAGCCGGCAACCGGCGGGUGGACAGCAGAGCGUGCAGACGGGCCGGCCUGGCUUGCUGUUUACAAGGAGGAAGAAGGGGGCCACUUUCCCGGCUCCCAGAAGCUCUGCAGCCCCCGCAGCCUGCCCAGGCCGGCGAGGGAGAGGCCGAGGAGCCGCGGACCCUCCACCCGGUGCCGCCGCCGCCAUGGCUGCCAUGAUGGAUCGGAAGUGAGCCUCAGGCGACGGCUGCCGGCGUCGGCGCUCGAGUCCCCGCUCGGAAGCGCGGCGCGGGGGACUGCUGACUCUCGCGGCUCUCGAGACCCCAGACCCUCAGCCCCGGCCCGCUUCCUCCAAGACUGAGCGGCGGGGAGUGGCUCCCGGCCUCCGCCCCGGCUUCGAGGAAGAUGGCGGACCCGGCCGAGUGCAACAUCAAAGUGAUGUGUCGCUUCAGACCUCUCAACGAGUCUGAGGUGAACCGCGGCGAUAAGUACAUCGCCAAGUUUCAGGGAGAAGACACGGUCAUGAUCGCGUCUAAGCCUUAUGCCUUUGAUCGGGUGUUCCAGUCAAGCACAUCUCAAGAGCAAGUGUAUAAUGACUGUGCAAAGAAGAUUGUUAAAGAUGUUCUUGAGGGAUAUAAUGGAACAAUAUUUGCAUAUGGACAAACAUCCUCCGGGAAGACACACACAAUGGAGGGUAAACUUCAUGAUCCAGAAGGCAUGGGAAUUAUUCCAAGAAUAGUGCAAGAUAUUUUUAAUUAUAUUUACUCCAUGGAUGAAAAUUUGGAAUUUCAUAUUAAGGUUUCAUAUUUUGAAAUAUAUUUGGAUAAGAUAAGGGACUUAUUAGACGUUUCAAAGACCAACCUUUCAGUUCAUGAAGACAAAAAUCGAGUUCCCUAUGUAAAGGGGUGCACAGAGCGUUUUGUAUGUAGUCCAGAUGAAGUCAUGGAUACCAUAGAUGAAGGAAAAUCCAACAGACAUGUAGCAGUUACAAAUAUGAAUGAACAUAGCUCUAGGAGUCACAGUAUAUUUCUGAUUAAUGUAAAACAAGAGAACACACAAACAGAACAAAAGCUGAGUGGAAAACUUUAUCUGGUUGAUUUAGCUGGUAGCGAAAAGGUUAGUAAAACUGGAGCAGAAGGUGCUGUGCUGGAUGAAGCUAAGAACAUCAACAAGUCACUUUCGGCUCUUGGAAAUGUCAUUUCUGCUUUGGCUGAGGGUAGUACGUAUGUUCCAUAUCGAGAUAGUAAAAUGACAAGAAUCCUUCAAGAUUCAUUAGGUGGUAACUGUAGAACCACUAUUGUAAUUUGCUGCUCUCCAUCAUCAUACAAUGAGUCUGAAACAAAAUCUACGCUCCUAUUUGGCCAAAGGGCUAAAACAAUUAAGAAUACAGUUUGUGUCAAUGUAGAGUUAACUGCAGAACAGUGGAAAAAGAAGUAUGAAAGAGAAAAAGAAAAAAAUAAGACCCUACGGAACACCAUUCAGUGGCUUGAAAAUGAACUCAACCGAUGGCGUAAUGGGGAGACAGUGCCUAUUGAUGAACAGUUUGACAAAGAGAAAGCCAACUUGGAAGCUUUCACAGUGGAUAAGGAUAUUACUAUUACCAAUGAUAAACCAGCAGCCACAAUUGGAGUUACUGGAAAUUUUACUGAUGCUGAAAGAAGAAAGUGUGAAGAAGAAAUUGCUAAAUUAUACAAACAACUUGAUGACAAGGAUGAAGAAAUUAACCAACAGAGCCAACUGGUAGAGAAACUGAAGACACAGAUGUUGGAUCAGGAAGAGCUUCUUGCAUCUACCAGAAGAGAUCAAGACAAUAUGCAAGCUGAGCUGAAUCGCCUUCAAGCAGAAAAUGAUGCCUCUAAAGAAGAAGUAAAAGAAGUUUUACAGGCCUUAGAGGAACUUGCUGUCAAUUACGAUCAGAAGUCUCAGGAAGUUGAAGACAAAACUAAGGAAUAUGAAUUGCUUAGUGAUGAACUAAAUCAGAAAUCGGCAACUUUAGCAAGUAUAGAUGCUGAGCUUCAGAAACUGAAGGAGAUGACCAACCACCAGAAAAAACGAGCAGCUGAGAUGAUGGCAUCUUUACUAAAAGACCUUGCAGAAAUAGGAAUUGCUGUGGGAAAUAAUGAUGUAAAGCAACCUGAGGGAACAGGCAUGAUAGAUGAAGAGUUCACUGUUGCAAGGCUCUACAUUAGCAAAAUGAAGUCAGAAGUAAAAACAAUGGUGAAACGCUGCAAACAGUUAGAAAGCACACAAACUGAGAGCAACAAAAAAAUGGAAGAAAAUGAAAAGGAGUUAGCAGCAUGCCAGCUUCGUAUCUCUCAACAUGAAGCUAAAAUCAAGUCACUGACUGAAUACCUUCAAAAUGUGGAGCAAAAGAAAAGACAGCUGGAGGAAUCUGUUGAUUCCCUCAGUGAAGAACUAGUCCAGCUUCGAGCACAAGAGAAAGUCCAUGAAAUGGAAAAGGAGCACUUAAAUAAGGUUCAGACUGCAAAUGAAGUUAAGCAAGCUGUUGAACAACAGAUCCAAAGCCACAGAGAAACUCAUCAAAAACAGAUCAGUAGUUUGAGAGAUGAAGUUGAGGCAAAAGAAAAACUUAUUACUGAUCUUCAAGACCAAAACCAGAAAAUGAUGUUAGAGCAGGAACGUCUAAGAGUAGAACAUGAGAAGUUGAAAGCUACAGAUCAGGAAAAGAGCAGAAAACUACAUGAGCUUACAGUUAUGCAAGACAGACGAGAACAAGCAAGACAAGACUUGAAGGGUUUGGAAGAGACUGUGGCAAAAGAACUUCAGACUUUACACAACCUGCGCAAGCUCUUUGUUCAGGACCUGGCUACCAGAGUUAAAAAGAGUGCCGAAAUUGAUUCUGAUGACACGGGAGGCAGUGCUGCUCAAAAGCAGAAAAUCUCCUUUCUUGAAAAUAAUCUUGAACAACUCACUAAAGUACACAAACAGUUGGUACGUGAUAAUGCAGAUCUUCGCUGUGAACUUCCUAAGUUGGAAAAGCGACUUCGAGCUACAGCCGAGAGAGUAAAAGCUUUGGAGUCAGCCCUGAAAGAAGCCAAAGAAAAUGCAUCUCGUGAUCGCAAACGCUAUCAGCAAGAAGUAGAUCGCAUAAAGGAAGCAGUCAGGUCAAAGAAUAUGGCCAGAAGAGGGCAUUCUGCACAGAUUGCUAAACCUAUUCGUCCCGGGCAACAUCCAGCAGCUUCUCCAACUCAUCCAAGUGCAAUUCGUGGAGGAGGUGCAUUUGUUCAGAACAGCCAGCCAGUAGCAUUACGAGGUGGAGGAGGCAAACAAGUGUAAACACUUACACAUACCCACAGGUGUUGAAAAGUAAUCGAAGUAUGAAGAGGACAUAGUAUCAGUCAAUCAGUGACUAUAACCUGUACCCCCUUGGGACUGUAGAAUUAUAACUUUUUUUUUAUGUAUAAAUUAUACCCAGCCUGUACAGCUGUUUCCUACCCACUCUUCUUGUAAACUCUGCUGCUUCCCACACAACUAGAGUGCAAUUUUGGCAUCAUAGGAGGGAAAAGUGACAGUUUACUACAACUGUGGCCCUAUUUAUUACACAGUUUGUCUUUCAUGUCUUAAAUUUAGUCUUCACUGUGCCAAGCUGACUGUACCUUAUAGGACUGUGCUUUUUGUAUUUGUUUUUUUGUGUAUGUUUAUUUUUUAAUCUCAGUUUAAAUUUCCUAGCUUCUCCCACUUCUUGUUUUUCUUUUCCUAUUAAAAUGUCUUCCUUUUUUUAGGGAAAAUGGAACAUUUAUGUUAAAUGUCUUAAAAUUUACCACUUACAACACUACAUGCCCACAAAAUAUAUCAGGUCAGUACUGUAUUUUAAAAAUCCCUUGAAAUGAUAUCAGGGUUAAAAUUAUUUCUAUCAUUUCUGAAGUUUGCUUCUGAAAACUACCAUUUGAGCACUGCAACCUUACAACUGCCUAACUAGGCAUUUGAGACUAAGCAACUCUACUUAAUUCUUAUCUCAUGAAAUGCCUGUUGCCAUGUUACUUUGAAUAGAACUAUUUUUACACUAUGAAAAGCAAAUCUCAGUGUAAGAGAGAGUUUGGAAAAAGAAUUGUAUUCUUUUCUUCCUGAUUCUACACAGUUGGAUGGAAUGAAAAUGCCCUGCUUCAUUCUGAUGACCCUGCUAGCUAAUAAAAGAAUUGGACAGAUAA